GGGGGACUCUGCGCGAGUCGUCACGCUGAGAGGUAACCGGUGCUCUGCGAUCGCGCGCUCUCAUUCGCUGUCCUGACGGCUCGCGCUGCGUUUGGGUCUAUCGUGCCGGAGCGGAUCGGAGACCUGCGACAGCUCGCGCUGCGUUUUUACAAAAAAUUAAAAAAUCAACAACCGAGAAGCAGCUACGUCUGUUCUGUUCUGAUCUCCUUUCGCAACAGAAAAAAACAGACCUGUCCAAACAAGUGGGACUGGCGAGGGAACAGCUGCACUGAAGCGCUGGGACGAUGACGGCCUUGGAGCUGGACAACGUGGGGAGUCAGUUCCGCUUUGCGGAGGCCUGCGUGGGGUUUUUGGGGUGCCUGUUUGUGGGGUACGCCGUGUGCACCCCCUGCUGGCUCGGGGACACGGGGCUGUGGACGGUGGGGAACAGCUCCGAACCGGAUGCUGGCCGGAUGCAGGAGGUUAUUUUCAAAGCGUUGGAGGCGGAGCAGGUGUUCGGUGUGCUGUCCUGCCUGAUGGCUCUGGGUUCGGGGGUCCUGUGCCUGGUCUUCGCCUGCUGCUGGACGUCCCAAACGGUGCGGUCCUACUCCAACACCCGCUCCCUCCUGAUGGCGGGCCAGGCGCUGUUCCCCACCACACUGAUGCUCAUCACGCUCGCGCCCACAGGGUUCUUCUUCCUGGUGUGCUGGUCCCUCUUCACCCGGCAGCACUGGGCGGAGAUCAGCGCCGCCCCCGGGCUGCUGGGCUCCUCCUAUUGGCUGGGCGCGGCGGGCUGGGCCCUGCUGCUGGGCGUGCUGCCGGCGGUGUUUCUGGUGGAGCAGUGCGUGGUGCCCGACCCGCUGCCGGAGCUGUGCAAGGCGGCGGAGGCCUGGUGGAGGAUGAGGGUCCCGCUGCCCUGCGAGUCCCGCUCCUUCAGCGAGGGCCACGCCCACAGAGACUCCGCCUUCGCCCGCGGAGAGAAGAGGUACAUGUCCUUCCCCUGACCCUCGGACAGUCCCGUCGAAACACGUGCCGCGGUCCUCUCGUCUGAUUGGCCCGGGGAACAGUCCCGCCGAAAACACGUGCCACGGUCCUCUCGUUUGAUUGGCCCAGGGAACAGUCCCGUCAAAAACACGCGCCACGGUCCUCUCAUCUGAUGCGGUCGCUCAAAUGUACUUUCGCCGAUUCUUUCGUCCGAUUGGCUUGGAGGACAGGCCCAUUAAUUGUUUUCGCCCAGAUCCCGACAUUUGGUCUAAAAGAUGGGUCGUUUAAGGGUCAGUAAGCAGGGUGGUGACUGUGGACUUUUUGCGAUGGCUCGCCUGGGGGGAAGAAAUCCGGCGGGUUACCCUGGCAGACUCUCGCUUCGUUCUGACGCGUUGGCAGCCAGCGGGACUGAAGGGGAAGGAAAGGAUCCCUCACUGCCACACGUUCAGCACUCAGCCACGCUAUUGGCUACGCCAGGCAACCAAUGACUGUCCUCGGCAGAACCACUUCCCCCCCUGUGGAGUCUGCGGAGGCCCACGGCGAGAGGAGGAGGAGGAAGAGGAGGAAGAGGAGGAAGAGGGCGGAAUUACUUCCUUAUGAAUGGGGGAUGCCAGGGGGUUUUGUGGGGUGUUUGUGAGGACAUGCACCAGCAAAACGUAUGUGUGUUUGAGUGAGUGUGAGUGUGAGCGUGUGUGCGUGCGUGCAUGUGUGCGUGUUUGUGUGUGUGUGUGUGUGUGUGCGUGCCCGCCUGUGUCCCUGUGUGUGUGUGUGUGUUUGACUGAGUGUGAGUGUGAGCGUGUGUGCGUGCGUGCAUGUGUGCGUGUUUGUGCAUGUGUUCGUUUUUGUGUGUGUGUGUGUGUGUGUGUGCAUGCCCGCCUGUGUCCCUGUGUGUGUGUGUGUGUUUGAGUGAGUGUGAGUGUGAGCAUGAGCAUGUGUGCGUGUUUCUGUUUGUGUGUGUGUGUGUGUGUGUGUGCGUGCCCGCCUGUGUCCCUGUGUGUGUGUGUGUGUGCGUGUGUUUGCUUGCGUUUCUGUGUGUUCUUUUGCGUUUGUGUCCUUGUUUUUGAGAAGAGGUUGUUAUUUAUUGGACUUCUUAAAAAUCUUGUUUUCCUUCCAUUCAUAUGGUGCCAGUAUAUGGUGAAGGCUGGAUGGUUUUUCACAUACUUCAUAAAAGCUAUCACACACAUCUGCAGAGCUCUUGCCAUAUAAAUCAGAAUGCCACUGCCACUUUUAUACUCGUUUUGCAGAAAAGGAACAAUAAGAUGCACUAAUAUUUUCUGCAAUCCUUUGUUAUUUGACAAAGCUACAUGGCAGUUAUGUUAUUUGUUGUACAACAUUGUUAUGUUAUUUUGUUAAAAGUGCACAAUUUGAACAUGAACACUUGUACUUAUGUGGUUAAUUGCAGACGGAAUAAAAAAGGGGUGAAUGGUGUUCUGCUUUGUGCCCCGGGCAGAUUAUGGGGUUAAAUGUACUCUAUAAUAAACCACCUGACAGAA